CCGGAUUCGCCGUCACCAUGAAGCUCGCCCUACUUGCCAGCGUUUUGGCCGCAGCUGCCCUUGCAACGUCACUCGCCAAAAGGCAGGCAACCGACACGGGCAAGUCGGAUACAUGGCAGCCAGCAGCCAGCACCAAGGCCACCUGCGAUACAACAUGUGGCAAGCAUAUCAGCUUCAUGCGAGGCCCCCAAAUCGAGACUGUCAUCAACAAUGCAUGCGCUGCCAUGAUGCCCCCCUGCGCUUACAGCGCUCGUCAAGCGGAGCCCAUCAUAUGCACACAAACUAUCGACUUCAAGCUUGAUGGACCCAAGAACAGCACACAACAUGCCAACGUACUUGACCACGAUGGAAACAGUAUCAUCGGCUGGGACGUCAAGUUUGAUGUAACACCUGCUGCCCAGCCCAAGGAUUCACCCGGCGUCUUCUGGCAAGUAAAUGACUGCUACGGCUACUUUGCCAACCUUCUUCAGAAGCAGGGGCCCGACGGCUGCUAUAGUGCUGUCGGCUCUGGUGUUGGCAGCAUCACAGUCGGCGGCGACAGCACGUUGGCAGGCACAGUGUUCAAAGUUAGCAUUGUUGCCAGGACGGCUUCUUAAUGAAUUCUGCUAUUCGCUUAUCCCGUCAUCCGUCUCUUCUUCCAAGAUGAACCCAUUCCAAGCUAAAGACGACUGUAUCAUAUCUUCACAACUUCAUAUUCCC